CCAACACAUUUCCCCCCCAUAGAUUGAUUUUGCUCUUCAGAAAAGAAGAAGAAGAAGAAGAAGAUGCUGGCAAUAUUCAACAAAGGAUUGGUGGAUCCACCGAAGGAGCUGAAGAUCCCGGCAGGCGCCUCGCCGCCGCCGCCCGGAAACCUCGUACCCCCUCGGGUGGCCGUCGCCAAUUUCAACCGCUCCUCCUCCAGCGAUGGCUUUUCUCUAGGGUUUGGCGAUCGAGCAUUUCUCGCCUUUUCCUCUCCCAACCCUAAUUCUUCCUCCCCUUUCUCCCCCCAGAGGUUGUUCUGUGGGGUGAAUGAGAUGUACUGCAUCUUCCUCGGGAGCCUCAACAAUCUGUGCUCCCUCAACAGGCAGUAUGGUUUGUCUUCCUCCAAAGGUGGGAACAAUGAGGCAAUGCUUGUGAUCGAGGCUUAUCGGACCCUCCGAGACCGAGGCCCAUACCCCGCCCAUCAAGUCCUCAACGAUCUCGAGGGCAGUUUCGGGUUCGUCAUCUACGACCACAAGUCUUCAACCGUUUUUGCUGCUCUGGGCGUGAAUGAGAGCUUGAAGCUGUACUGGGGAAUUGCGGAGGAGGACGGGUCCGUUAUGAUCUCAGACAAUGUGCAAGUGAUCAAAGAUAGCUGCGGCAGAUCCUUCGCGCCCUUCCCUAAUGGAUGUAUGUAUCACAGUGAGAAGGGGCUGAUGAGCUUUGAGCAUCCAAUGAAGGAGAUGAUGGCAAUGACCAGAGUUGACAGUGAAGGUGCAAUGUGUGGAGCCCUCUUCAAGGUUGACCCUCUCUCCAAGUCUGCCCCCACCAUUCCUAGGGUUGGAAGUGAAGCCAACUGGACCAUUUGAACCAUUUUAUAUUUUGCCACUUUCCUAUUUUUCUUUUUUCUUUUUUUUGAAACAAUCAUGUUGUCCCCUUAUCUGUUUCCAUGGUGGAUGUAUAUAGAGUACUUGUUUCCACCAGUGAUGCUCUCUUUUUAUUUAUUUUUAUUUUUUCUUUGAAUGCAAUGUUUGCUUACUUUGAGUCCUCCCUCUCAACUGUAAUGCUUAUCAAUGUACAUUAUGCCAUAAUUUUUACUCACUCCCUCUCUUAAAACAAUUCCUAUUUUAACUUGGGAAGGAUUUAUAUUCGUAGUUUGGCCUUCUAAUUGUAUCUUUAUCAUCGAAGAAAAAAAAGAGAUAAAUCAUUU